GAGACCGGAACUCCUGUGUCGCGAAUGCGUGUUUCCGGAGGGAAUUUGAGGGCAGAGGCCUAGGAUGGUUACACUGAGAAAGCCGACUUCCGGCGUGGCGUUCAAUCGCAGCGUUUGGGCGACUGUGCUCUGGAGCAAUGCGGCAGAAGUAUUAUAUUGAAGCGGCUGCUCGGGGUCUGGUGGGAAGCUGCCCUGGCCAGGCCCGCUACCUCCUGUGGGCCUACAGUUCGACACACGAGGAUAACAGCACUUUUCAGGAAACAUGUCCACACUGCUUCCAAUUGUUGGUUCUGGAUAAUUCUAGAGUGCGCCUCAAACCCAAAGCCAAAUUGACACCAAAGAUACAGAAACUUCUUAAUCGAGAAGCAAGAAAUUAUACACUCAGUUUUAAAGAAACAAAGCUGUUGAGAAAGUACAGAGACUCCGCAAGUGUGCUGAACACCUACAUCUGGACAGUCAACACCCAUUUGCUCCUCAAGGAAUGGGAGCAAAAGAAAGAAACACUUCUCUCAACUAAAAGCACUGCUAAGUCAGAGUGCAUCUGACAAGAACCCAACGCUAGACUUCAGGCACUUCUUAUCUUCUCUGUGAAGAGAAUGGCCUCUGAAAGAAGGAACUGUCUAGUGCAGCUUCUGAAAUGGAAGUUAACAGCUUUUGUCCUCUGUGAGAAGCAAGCUGUUCUCGCCAUCCUUCGGUGCUUAGGGGAAACACCUCAUUAAAUUGAGCAACUUGUGCCUCCCUGGGUGAAUGCGAAGAUCAAAAAGUAAAUGAGCACAGGUGGAGGUGCUGCUGCUGCUGCCAGGCCUACAGCCUGUAUUUCAUCUCCAGGACCGGACCAAUGGAGCAGAAAGAAUCCUGUUCUACAGGUUGUGCUCUGAGCUCCACACGAGUGCCCCUCACAGAAGAUGAAUAAAUGUAAUAAAGGGUUUUAUAAACUAAGACAGUUUUUAUGAUAAAAGGUAUAACGGGCACUGAAUGGUGGUAUUUAUUUUAGUUUUUGCAGUUUUAUUACCAUUUCUUUCAGAAGGAAACAAGGUUUCUCCCAUGUGUCAAUAACCAUUGCUAAUAUAGAAAAAUCAAAUGUAUUUCCUCAGCCAUAUGCAUAAUGAUAUUAGUAAACUCUGAAAGCUAAAGUAAAUACCUGCCCCCUCCAUGCCUGUUCUAGAGAUUAAGCUCGGGGCCUUGCGUGCUGAGCGAGCGCUGUACAAACCAAGGCUAACAAGCGUAGGCACUGCAGCAGCAGCCAGGCCAGGCCUGCCUUGUGUGUCUGCAAAGUCGACCCUGUUACUACUGAGCCUCUCCUGACUUAGAUCUGAAAAGGGAUUGUGCAGUGUGUUUUAGGCAGCGCAUGCCUCCGUACUGGUCAUUAGAGAUUGCUUGGCACUGCCCUGAAAUCGUGAGCAAUCCAUCACACCUUUCUCCCAGACUGACAAUAAACACGUUAGUUCUGUUCAGCUGCACUGAGUGGAUGGGACUGCCACAAGAGCUGCGUUUAUCUGUGCGAAGCACGACCCCUGGUCCUUCUAAGGGGAGUAUGAUAAAAGUUCGUCACUGGGGAGUCCUUCAAUGCACUGUUUUCUUGUCUUUAAAGAACUGGGGUUAAAAAAAAAAUUGAGUAUUAUGUUGGAUCUUUGUGAUAAUGAUAGGAUGUCUUAGGAAGAUGUAAAACUUCUGCAAAUAGUUACUGAAGAAAUGGGGUUUUCCUUUUGCGAAUGAAAGUGCACUUGGACAGCUUCAGAGAUCAUAAAAAAAAUGAAGGACAAUUUCAUUUGGCAACAUACAGAAAGCUUCAUUUUUAAAAAUUUCCCCUUUUAAAAGCAAGAUCGUAUCUCUAGUGCCGUGUUGUCUGAGGAAUAAAGAUGAAGACCAAGCCACGAGACCCCACAGGGUCAUUCACAGCCACUGGUAUCUGGUAGGGCCGAGAGCUUUACUAGUGCAGGGACUAGAACUGCAGGCCUGCUGUGCUGGUGUAUUUGAAAAGGUGAUUAUUUCACUGACUGUUGAGAUGCUAAAAAUACUGCAGAGGGCUGGAAGGGUGACAAAUAAAAGCACUUGCCGCUA